AUGGACAAGAUUUACACAGACCCUAACUUGGAAAAUGAUAAUACAGAGCACAUCAGAGGGAAGCGACUGUCCUCUAUUUUAAAGGCUCCGCGAAAUCCUCUUGAUGAUCUGGGAAAUGGGAAUGAAUUGACACAGGAUAUCAAUAUAGAAAAACGUAGGAAAAACUCCCGCCGUGUCAGCUUUGCGAACACCAUAAACUGCAGAGUCUUCCAGCGGGAUCUUAAGAAUAACACGGCAGAGACAGAAAGUACAGAAAUGAAGAACCUGAAGCUGUUCCAUGUGAGAUCACUGUGGCAUGAUGCAGACAACGCUAUUCAAAGAACACAUAGGCAUGACACCACCCUCAUCUUUUCAGAUGAAAAUGAAAUGGAGAUGACAGCUAGUCACACUGCAGUGAUUACACGUAACCUGAAAAACAAUCAAGCUGACAGAACUGAGAAAAUAGAUAUCACAUCAUUUCUGGCUGGGUUAAACUCUAACAAUGAAAAGGCAGAAAUGAGCAAAGAAUUUCAUUUUUUCUCUGACCCUACAAACAUUUCGUGCCCAUCUUUUGAACAGAAGGAAGAUGCUACUACUGUAAAAAAAAUAAAUUUCAAUGAAUUUUUGAUGAGCUUGAAGUCAAAUGAAAAGGCACGCAAUCCUACUGAGGGACCUGAAAAAGAGAAUGUUUUUUUUGUCCCUUCGCAAGUCCCAGAAGACAUGGCACAGUCCUCAGUGGAAUUGGUAUAUUCCCAUGAACCACUGGACACCUGCAAUGUAACAAAAGUCUUUAGAGGGCAAGAUGAUGGAAUGGAAAUGACAAAAUGCCAGGCAUCUAAUGUUAAAGCUAUGUUUUCUGGUAUUUGUGAAGCUCCACCGGAGCAAUUACUGCGUGCGGAUGUUACUGAGGCAUUCAUAGAUGAUGGAAUGGAUAUGACAACUAGUCACACUGCAAAAAUGUCUUUUCCCUUCGUUGACAAAAAAAUACUAAAUGUUGAAGACAGACGAGAUCCUACCAUGGUGCGAACUGUUAAGCAAGAGGCCAGAACAAUGUCUGCCAUCCCAGGAUCUGUUUCUUCUGAGACUGUCUUCCGAGGUGAAAAAACUGUUGUGUUUUCUAAAUGUGAUGACAUGGAAAUUACUGGGAAUUAUACAGACGUAAUCUAUAAUGACAGUGCCAAAGAAAUGAACAGUUCACACCAUAAAACUUUUGGAAAGCCAGUUAAUACAAACCCUUCACUAGCAGAAAAGAGACGUCCAGCACAUGGUGAGAGGGACACUACGAAGAGUCUGAUGUCUUUAGAUAAUCGAGCUUCAUUGUCAUAUAAAAAUAGCGCACUUGAACUAUCUUUAGGCUCAGGUGAACGAACUGAAAAAGUGACUCAGGAUCACGGGACUGCUUCAGUGAAUGUUGGCUUUGAGUCCUGUACGAAUUCAGUGUCCAGUGGUGUUUCUAAGGGUAGACUUCAGCACAGACAGGCAAACUCUCAACUUCUUGCUCUGCCAGGUGAGAAGACAGUAAUAUUCUCAGGAGAAGAUAUGGACUUGACUAAAGCCUGUGUUGUCAGGGAUGAUGGAAAGAAUGUUGAAAAUGAAUCUCUUGGUGGAGUGUUCAUCUCCGUCACCUGCAGACCUCAUUCUCUUGAUAACACAUCUACAUCUCCCAAUUUAAAUGAACAGGAAGAAAUGGAAAUAACCAAAUGCCAUGCUGCUGUUAUUGAUGAUCAAAGCAAUGGGAUAAUUGCAGAAGCAAAACAAAUGCAUUUUUCCUGCACAAAUGACAAACCAGGCAUGUUUUCAGAUGAUCAAAGCAUGGACAUAACCAAAACACAUCCUGCUGCCUUUGAUGUUGCUCCUAUUAAUACAGUACAAGAAUACGAGAAUAAUCGUAAUCAAAAUAAUGUAAUAUCCAAGCAGCUGCAAACCCAGACCUUCCAGUCUUCUGGUAGUUCUGGUGUAGAUAUCACAAGUCAGACUGCAGCGAUGGAACGUGGGGAUUUGAAAAUGAACACAAAUAAGCAAGCUGUUACUCCUUUGGCUCCAAAUGGCUCAUUGAUUUCCAGUAAUGAGCCCGCUCCCUCUGGAAUGAAAGGAAACAAACAACUUGGAACAAUAUUAGGAAUAAAUGCAGAUUGCCCAAACGCUGACAGGCAAGAGAAACCCCGUACUAUGAAGUUAGUAAACAAAAUAUUGCCAACUCAGGUAGAUUCUGAGAGACACUUUUCAAUUGGUAAAACAGUUUCUUCAGAAGUGGAUUUUAAAAAUCUUCUCUCAGCUGACAGCCUGCACUUGAGGGGUGCUGAAGAGCCGUCACUAGCCAAUACGUCUGAACCACAUCAGGGAGGUUCCCAAUUGCCUGCGUUUUCAGAAAAGUCAGUUGUGUUUCCCUCUGGUGAAAACAUGGACUUGACUGGAAACUGUGCGGUAAUGGUUCCUAAUCACAACGUCAAUGCUGUCUUAUCAGAGAGAAAAGCAGUACCUGGGUACCUUGUUCAAGAUGAAAACAAAAUAAUAUUCUUUAAAAAAGAGGUCAUGAUGACAAAUAGUCAGGAGCAGCCUGCGUGUGAUGCGUACUCCUUGGAAUCUGGCAAGAAAACAUUAACCACGACUGGCUUAAAACAUUUGCCUUUUGCAGGUGAGAAAACUACCAUAUUUUCAGAAGAUGCUGAUAUGGACAUCACCAGAAGUCAUACAGUUUCAGCAGACAAAAUAAUUUUGCAGUGUAAAAGUUCAAAUGAUGACAUAUCCUUGAUUUCUGGAGAUAAAACUUGUAUUUUUACCUACAAUGAUGACAUGGAAAUAAGUAGACUCGAUACUAUUGCAGUUGACAAAUCUGUGGAAAAGGCUGCAUCUCAAGGGAUGCUUAACAUGGCUAAAAGGACUGGAAGGAAAAGCUUGAAGGGAACAACAGGGGAAAAGACUGUUUUAUUUUCACUGAACGAUGAGAAUAACGACAUGGAGAUCACACAGAGCCAUACGGCUGCAAUAGGCCAUGAAAUUGCCUCGCAGAAUGAGGGAGGGCUUCAUUCUGUCUCUUCAGCUCAUCCUGUUAAAACUGCUCUGCUCACAGGUAGCCAGGCUGACAUGGACAUUAUGAAGUCUUGCUCUGCUGAUAAAAUGACCGUAAAAGUUGUAUGUGAUGAUAAACUGAACUUGGGUAGGGAAGCUGGACAGCAAGCACUUUCAAAUAGCAAAGCUACUGUGUUUGCUGUGGAUGAUAUGGAGAUCACUGAAACCCACAAUGUAGCUUUGGAAGAAAAUUCUCUGCAAGGUAGGCAACCCAAUCAGCCUGUUCCUUUAACCUCCACGAUAAUGUUUACGAGUUACCAGGCUGACAUGGAAAUGACCGAGUCUCACUCUGUUGAGGGAAGUAUCGAAGGAGGCUUUUGUGAGGACAGAUUACACCUGGCUAGGCAGGUCCAACAGGAAGCUAUUUCAGAUAGCAAAACCGUCAUUUUUACUACGGCUGAGGAUAUGGAGAUCACAAAAACUCCUACAGCUGGUUUCAGUACUGAAAUCAAUGUACAGGACAGAGUGCCCAUUCCAGCCACUUCUGCAGUUCCUGCUGACAAAACCAUUGUGUUUACCCACAACCAAGAUGAUAUGGAAAUAACUGCAUCUCAUACUAUUGCUGUUAAUAACAAUAUUAAUGGAUUUGAGAACCAAGAAGUGUCACAUGAAAGCACUCAGGGACCAGACUUGCGUAGUGAGUUGUUGUCAUCUUGCAGAGAUGAAAUAGAUUCCUCCCAUACAAAAGACCUGCAUGCUGAGUAUCAUACAAAACGUAAGGAUAAGCCCAGCAUUCCCCCUUCUGCUUCAUCAGCCUCAGCAUUUCCUCAUGAGAAAGGAGCUGUCAAAGUCCACAGUGGCACAAUGCCGCGUUCCGUUUAUUCCGUCUCACUUCCAGAAGAGACUAUGGAUGUGCGGGCACCACAGGAUCUUGACCUUCCCACGGAUACUUCUGUCCCGGUAAACAGUGAGCAGGAUCUCAUACCCCCAGAAAACCCAAAAUCAAAGAGAGUGUCUUUCAAGCUUCCAAGUAACAGGCCCACGGAUUGCAGCGAAGAAAGUGGCGAUUUGGUAUCCCGUGUUUCCCUUCCCAUCCAGCAACCAGAUUCUUUGACGGGGUCUCCAGACACACACAGUACUCGGAGAAACCACACAUUGCAAGCUGAUUCAUCUAGAAAUGAAGAUUCAGCUACAGAUUUAAGCUUGGCCGGAGCAAACCUUGUUACAACUUCUAACGAGGAAUCAAAGGAAAAUAAGGGGCUGUCGGCUAAAGGGGAGACACCUCCAAAAGACUUUCAAAUAAACUCUGAACAAACCAAGCAACUUCUGGUCAGUGACAGUCCAAGAGAUCAAAUAGAUCCCACUCUUGCACCUGAAUUAUCAGGUAUCUUAAAUGUUUGUUCAAAACUGAAUAAUAUUAGAAGGAAAUCUGUAGCGCUCUCCAUUUCUGAAACUGCUUUUUCUGACCAGCUGCCCAAAUCAUCAACUCAGCCAGAGAAUACCUUGAAGUUAGGAAAAAAUACUGUAAAUGAACCAAAUAAUUCAUUUAACACCAAAGAGCAGGAGAACACGUGUCUUGAACCUGGAGCUGCUCCCAUGGAUGCAAAUUUGGGCAUGACACUUAAGGGUAGAUAUCAAGGAAUAAAUAUCCCUCUAGGUAUCUUCCAGCCUAAAUUACCAAACAGAAGGACUCCUUCUGUUUCUAGUGUACAAGACAUAAAUGCAAAAUCUUCAGACAAAGGAGAAGCACCAGUUUCAGAAGUAAGUGUAAACGCUGGUGAAACCCCAGGUAACCAGAAGUCUAGUAGGCAGAAUUUCAGCCCUUCUCAGUUUAUAGCAGAAGAAUUUCUUCCUGUCUGCCUAGAAGAAAUGGAUUCAAAUGAAUCUGUAAGCUCUGAAUUCGUGGAAAAUGCUUGCAACGAGAUAAGCAAAAAACAAAUCUCCCACAAUGAACAGAAUCAAUAUGAAGAGACAAAAACUUGCAACAACACAAAAAGAGCUUUGGGACUAGAUGAGGAGGAUCUUCAAAGUCCAAAGAAGCUCAAGAGGGAUGAAAACUUGGAUGGUGAGGCCUGCCAAGGCUUGCAGGUUACACUUGGCGCUGUGUCUCGCAGCCAAGUAGAAGUUCACGAAGGAGAAGAUCCUCCAAAUCUAUCGGCUAAAAGCCCUGAUUGUACUCACGCCAGCACCAGCUGCUCUCUGGAUUCUGUUAAGGCUGACACAGAAUUAACCAUUCAGCGAAGCAGUCAGAUGGAGUCUCAGCUUCUCACAGACAGCAUUUGUGAAGAUAACUUACGGGAGAAAUUUCAGAGUGGCGUUAUCACGGUUGGGGAGUUUUUUACACUUCUUCAAGUCCAUGUUCCAAUUCAGAAGCCCCGGCAUAGCCAUCUUCCAGCCAAUUGUGCCGUCAGCGCACCGCCUACUCCAGAAGACCUCAUUUACAGCCAAUAUGUUUAUCGCCCGAAGCUGCGGAUUUAUGAAGAAGAUUGCCAGGCCCUUUCUCAGAUGAUAGAUGAGUUAAAACAGUACGCAAAUGUCCAAGAUCAACUCCUGGUGAAUGUGAAUAAGAGUUUGUGGGAAGUAAUGAGAACCUGCUCUGAUGAAGAGCUGAGGAGCUUUGGAGCAGAACUGAACAAAAUGAAAUCCUAUUUCACCAAGGAGAGUAAAAUCUUGGCUCACAACGAGAAGGUGACAUUGUACAGCAAAUUGCUGCAGAGUGCACAGGAGCAACAUGGAAAGCUACAGUCAAGAAUAGAAAAGGUGGAUGAACUGCUGAAGGAGGCAGAGAGCUGUCUUGUUGCUCUGGAGGAAGCCUAUGAACGUGUAAGCAAGCUGGCUGAAUCUGCUAGCGAGAUCGGUCCAGGUGCUGGCCACACGCAGUUGAAAAUGGCUGCAAAGCCUGCCAGCAGUCCUGCAGAUUCUGACUGGGCAGAACGGGAAGCAGACUGCAGUGAUGAAAUGGCAGCAGGGAAGAACCUAGAGGAAGAGUUGGAAAGCCUCAAAGCCCAAGAAGAGGAACUUCAAAGAGAACUGUCAGAUCUGGAGACUCAGAAUGAGCUAAUGCUUGCUCAGAUGAACGAGCUAAAGGAAAAAGAAAAAAGCUGCCAGGAACUCCUGGAGACAUACAACUUCACUGAGUGGGAGAUUACUGAAUGGAGUGAACAGCAAGCAGUCUUUAGUUUUCUUUAUGAUUCUAUUGAACUCACAGUUGUGUUUGGACCCCCAAUAGAUGGUGAUGUUUUUGGUGAAAAUCCUUCCAGAAAGAUAGCUAGCCUGGACUUUGAAUCUCUCUUAGAUGAGGAGAAAGCUCCACCCUCCUCAUGUUUAGUCCAAAGACUCAUCUUCCAGUUUAUUGAAAGUCAUGGAUGCUGGCAGGAAAAGUGUCCCACGCUGUGCUACUUGCCCCAGGUUCUUCGUGACGUCUCUUUGGUGGUGAGUCGUUGCAAGAUCUUAGGAGAGGAGAUUGAAUUUCUGGAGAGAUGGGGUGGAAAAUUUAAUCUUCUGAAGACAGAUAUCAGUGACACAAAAGUGAAGCUUUUGUUCUCCGCUUCCACAGCUUUUGCCAAGUUUGAGUUGGCCCUGUCUCUAUCUGCCAACUACCCGUCUGCCUCACUGCCUUUUACUGUCCAAAACCAAAUUGGGAAUAUUGGGGAGGAGGAAAUUUCUGCUGUUCUCUCCAAUGUACCAGUUGGUUACCACUAUCUGCGGAGAAUUGUCAGCUUGAUUCAUCAAAAUUUGCUCCAGGACCCCAGAUGA